UUUCAUGUUGGUUACAAUUUCGUCCAAUCUUCUCUUAUUUCCGUGAUCUGCUGGGAGUGCUCGGGUUUACUUUUUCGUCCCUUCCGUUACGCUGAUUCUGAUUGUAUGUACAAAACACCAAUCUGUAAUAAUCUCUUCUUCUUGAGGCGGUUUCAUUAUUGAUUUUGUAUACCUUCACUCAAUAAUUUGGUUAAUCCGACUGAUCGAUAUAUAAUUGUAGCUGGUUUGAUUCAUUUGGUUUUGAUUUUUCCCGUUAAGUGAAGAUGGGUAGAGAGCGGCAACUGUCUCGGUCGCCGUCGCCUUCUGAGGUGAGGUAUGGACGCCGGAGCCGGAGAGAGAAAAGCAGAUCCCCUUAUUCCUAUAGCAGAAGACAAAGGCGUUCAUUAUCCUCACGACACAGAAGUCGCUCUCCCACUCCAAGACGUCGUAAAAGCCGCUCACCUACACCGAAGCAGAAUAAAAGACAAAGAAAAAGGAGCACUUCUGCAUCCCCUUUAAGUGAAUCCCCACUCAUCGGUACCAAAGAGAUAAAAGAUGCAACUGAAAAAUUGAAAACAGAGGAAGAGGACAAGAAAAGGCGUCAGCAGGAGUUAGAAUUAAAACUAAUUGAAGAAGAAACGGCAAAAAGAGUAGCAGAAGAAAUUCGAAAGAAAGUUGAAGAGAGCUUGAAUUCCAAGGAAAUCAAUCUUGAGAUAGAGAGGCGUCUGGAGGAAGGUAGGAAGAAACUUGUUGCGGAGGUUGCAGCCCAACUUGAAAAAGAAAAGGAAGCAGCAGUUAUAGAGGCUCGGAAGAGAGAGGAACAAGCACAAAGGGAGAAAGAAGAGCUGGAAAGGAUGCUGGAAGAGAAUAGGCGGAAGGUGGAAGAAGCUCAAAGAAGGGAAGCUUUGGAACAGCAAAGACGCGAAGAGGAACGUUAUAGAGAAUUAGAAGAAGUUCAGAGGCAGAAAGAAGCGGCCCUGCGAAAGAAAAAACAACAAGAGGAGGAAGAACGAGCUAACCAAAUGAAGUUAUUGGGGAAGAACAAAUCACGUCCAAAGGUGUCAUUUGCGCUAGGUAUGAAAUGACAAAUGAUUGUAUCAUGUUUUGGUUGAUUUGUUUCUGGUUUCUAGUAUAUUUUGGGUGGGUGGUUGAUACUUAGAAAUGCAAUGUCAUCUCUUGUGACUUAUCAAUAUAAGAUUGUCUCACAUUUCUAGCGUAUAUUAGUGACUUAGUGUUA